AUGGGCUCUUUCAAUGCGCCAUGGAGGAUCACCGCUUUCAUUGCAAUUCUGGUUGUGUUCAAGGUGCAAGCUGUUCCGACACGUUAUGGUGGUGAUGCAGAUGCAGGUGAAUUGCGAGAGGAUAUACUUGAUAUCAAUUCAGAAGCAGAUCUAAACCUCUUUGAGGGAGACAUUGCAGGUGAUCCAAGGCGAAAUGCAAUCCUGGAUGAAACGAGAAGAUGGAAGUUUCCCAUUCCUUACAUCUUGACAGAUUCUUUGGAGCUGAAUGCGAAAGGUGUUAUUCACCAGGCAUUCGAAGCAUACCGCCUGAAAUCCUGUGUGGACUUCAAGCCCUAUGAGGGAGAAAGCACAUACAUCUCCUUCACAAAGCUGAGUGGAUGCUGGUCAUUUGUAGGAGAUGAUAAGGUAGGACAGAACCUCUCCAUAGGGGCGCGCUGUGACACCAAGGCCAUCGUGGAGCACGAGCUCCUCCACGCUCUGGGCUUCUACCAUGAGCAGUCACGCUCUGACAGAGACGACUAUGUCAAGAUCUGGUGGGACCAAAUCACAGAAGGAAAGGAGCACAACUUUAAAAAGUAUGAGGACGACUUCAUCACAGACCUGAACACGCCAUAUGACUAUGAGUCCGUCAUGCAUUACAGGCCAUUGUCUUUCAACAAGAACGCCACCGUCCCUACCAUCACCACAGCCAUCCCAGCGUUCAAUGAGAUCAUCGGACAGCGUCUGGACUUCAGCGCAGUAGACCUGCUCAGGCUGAACCGCCUGUACGACUGCACCAAUACACACACUCUCCUGGACCAGUGUUCCUUUGAGCUGAUCAACAUCUGUGGUAUGAUCCAGGGUGAGACUGACGAGGCAGACUGGGUCCAGACCCUGAGCAGCGCUGAGGAGCCAGACCACACACUGGCAGGCCACUGCAGAGAUGCAGGCUAUUUCAUGAGGUUUGACACAUCUAAAGCGACAGUGGGGAAAAGCGCUCUUCUAGAGUCACGCAUCCUCUACCCUAAGAGGAAGGAGCAGUGUCUGCAGUUCUUCUACAAGAUGGUUGGGCCUGCUGGGGACAGGCUGUUUGUGUGGGUCAGAACAGACGAUGGGACAGGAAAUGUCUGCAGUGUCAAGAAGGUCCAUACCAUCACAGGUGAUGGAGAUGACUCCUGGAAUGUAGCCCACGUGACCUUGAAGGUCAAAGAGAGGUUCCGCUACUUCUUCCAGGGUAUGGUAGGGUCCAACAGCAAUGCAGAGGGGGCCAUCUUGAUCGAUGAUAUCACAUUAACAGAAACCACCUGCCCCAGCGGCGUUUGGAGAAUUCAGAACUUCACUGGCCUGCUCGCCAUAACUCCAGCCGGAGGGCGCAUCAGGAGCAAGCCGUUCUAUAGCGCUGAGGGUUAUGCUUACGGGAUCAGCCUCUACCCCAAGGGAAGAGAUGGCACAUAUCCUGACUAUGUGGGUGUGACCUUCCAUCUAUGCAGCGGGGAGAACGACGGUGUGAUGGAGUGGCCAGUGAUCAACAGGCAGGCCACCGUCACUGCCAUGGACCAGGACCCUGACGCUAAGCUGAGGAUGUCUGCCACCAGAAGCUUCACCACCGAUACUACUAACCCAUAUUGGGUCAAGCCCACCAACACCAGUGGGGCGGAGUGGGACGCGAGCUCCAACUGCUACAGAGGAUCUGAGUAUGGAUGGACUACGUUCCUCUCUCAUGACCAGCUGCACAGGAGAAGCUUUCUCAAGAACGAUGAUCUCAUCAUUGUUGCCGACUUUGACGAUUUGACCCACCUGGUGAAGAUGGAGGUCCCUGUCCAGCCAAAGAGUCCCAGUGGUGACCUCCCAGAGGAGGAGACCCCCAGACAGGAGAAGGAGAUGGCUGACAUUCCCAAACACAGACAGGCACGGGCCGUCCCUAGUGACCCGUGUAGCCCCGACCCCUGCCUCAACGGGGGAGUGUGUGUGGUUGAGAAACAUGGGAAAGCCACAUGCAGGUGUGCCACUGGCCAGGCCACAUACUAUGCUGGUGAGACGUGUGAGAAGCAACAUAUCGAUGGCCGCAUUCUGGGCGUUCUGAUUGGUGGAGCGGCAGGGACGAUCGUUCUGACUCUGGCCAUCUUCUCAGUCAUCCGGAGAGUUCACUGA